AUGGUAGGCAGCAUUCACAAAACUCAAGGAAAUUCUAAAGUCUCAAAGAGAACGUCUUCGAAUAUCCAAAACCGUAGAGCUACUCGUCAGCAGCCAACUAUUUCUUCAAAUUCUUCCCUGCCAACUAUUUCUUCAAAUUCUUCCCUGCCAACUAUUUCUUUAAAUUCUUCCCUCCCUCUUUCGUUCAACCCCGAUAAUAUCCCUAAAAUUAAAAAACUUCUCAACCUUCACCCACCCCCGUACUCCGUGGAAGAAUUAUGUGCCAAUCGCUUUGUAGGAGAGGAUGAAAAGGUUCUACGCCCAUCGAAUUGUUGGAUACUUUUUCGAACCUGUGCGGCGCGACGUAGUCGGGAGCUGCCAGAAUUUAAAGAUAUUCAGCAACAGCAACUUUCGGAAAUAUUUGCAAUGUUAUGGGGUGAGUGUAGCGGCGCUGAAAAAGAACAAUAUCGUCAAUUACAACGACAAGUAAAGAAAUUGCAUCAGCAAUAUCAUAAAGAUUGGAGUUAUAAGCCAGCAAGAGGUAAUUGUUGGCGAGUUCAAAGAGCACAAGGUGAAUAUGUUGAUAGUCGACCUAACGAAAUUCAAGGUUAUCAAACCAUCCAAGUGAUAACGUUUCAAUACAACGUUGCCGCUCAGUCACACACAGUACAUAUCGUUGAAACUCAGAUGGUUCCGCCCUCAUACUUGCAUGAAUCGUUUUCUUGUGUACCCGAGGGACACUCGCAAUCCUGGGUACAAUCACCAUUCGCUGAGACCGAAAACUCGCUUUCUUGUGCUUCGUCACCAAUAUUCCCUCACUGUGCAUCACCGACGAUGUCAGCUGACGAAUAUUCGUUUUUCUCGCCGCUCGCUGAAAUUGAACCCCCAUUUUCACCUGAUGGUAACUCGUUUUUGUCGCCAUCCACUGAGAUUGAAAACCCAUUAUCACCCGAUGGUAACUCGUUUUUGUCGCCACCCACUGAGAUUGAAAACACAUUUUCACCCGAUGGCAGCGGCUUGCUUUUGUCGCCACUCACUGAGACCGUAGACCUGCUUUCCGAUAUGUCUAUAUUAUUGGGUCAAUCGCUUGUCUAUGAAACAUCACCGACCAUGUUAUCCGAUAACCACACGCAUUUGUGGCCAAUUUUUGAAACAUCAUAUGAUGGGUAUGCGUCACCACCAUUCAAUGAUGAUCUUGUUGAUUACCACCAAAAUGACGGGUGGACCUAA